AUGGCACCAACAUCAACCAACGCCUGGUCCAUCACCGGCAUCGGCAAGGACAGCAGCAACUGGGACACCCUCGAGCUCAAGAAGGAUGUGCCUCUACCACAGCUGGGCGACUACGACGUCCUCGUGCAAAUCGAAGCCGUCUCUCUAAACUUCCGCGACUUGGCUAUCCCCAAGGGCCUCUACCCCUUCCCCGUCAGCUUCCCCCGCGUCCCGGCCUCUGACGGCGCCGGCCGCGUCGUCUCCGUCGGCCCCAAGGUCACGCAGGUCAAGGAGGGCGACAACAUCGCCACGCUCUUCAACCAGCACCACCAAUCCAACCCCAUCACCCCUCUCGCUGUCAAAUCCGGCCUCGGCGGCGCCCUCGACGGCACCCUCCGCCAGUACGCCGUCUUCCCCGAGCACGGCGUUGUCAAAUCCCCCAAGACACUCUCGUCCGUGGAGGCCGCCACGCUCCCCUGUGCGCCGCUGACGGCGUGGAACGCGCUGUACGGCCUGCAGUCCAAGGCGCUCAAGCCGGGUGACUACGUGCUGACGCAGGGUACCGGCGGCGUGAGUCUGUCGGCGAUCCAGUUCGCCGUCGCGGCGGGUGCGACGGUCAUCGCGACGACGUCGUCGGCGGCAAAGGGCGAGCAGCUCAAGAAGCUGGGAGCGCACCACGUCAUCAACUACAAGGAGACGCCCAACUGGGGCGAGGUGGCCAAGUCGCUGACGCCCGAGAGCGUGGGCGUCGACCACAUCAUCGAGGUGGGCGGUCCUGGUACGGUUGCGCAGUCGCUCAAGGCGGUCAAGUUGGAGGGCGUGAUAUCCAUCAUCGGGUUCUUGUCGCACGGGGACAAGCCCGAGGGGGAGCAGCCGACGCUGCUGGACGCGCUGGCCAACAUCUGCACGAUUCGCGGGUUAUUUGUGGGCUCGAAGCAGCAGUUUGAGGAGAUGAACCAGGCGAUUGACGCCAACAAGAUCAAGCCUGUUGUCGAUCAGAAGAUUUUUGGCUUCGAGGAGGUUAAGGAGGCGUACCAGUACCAGUGGGAUCAGAAGCACUUUGGCAAGGUUGUCAUCAAGAUUUGA